GACACUUCCUUUCAAAUCAAUUUCCAAUGCGUCAAUUCGGUUAUUCCGGGCAAGAACGCUAACAACUUCAAUUACGGUAAAUUCUAGUAUAACAUGAACACCAUAAUUUCAGACCGUGCGUUAAAACGAGCAUACCUGUGAAAAUCUAUCUUCUUCAGCACUGAGAAGGUCACCGACGGAUGAUGCCUUCGCCUGGCUGGCGAGGUGCCUCCUAUUCAGCACAUAAGACAACUCAUCCAGGUGAUAGUGCCGGAUAUUUUACACGACACGCAAUGCAAGACAAAAUGAUGAGUGAGGCCGCAAUGAAUGUUAAUUACGUUCAACGUUCUGUCAACUUAUACCUACGGCUCCACAGCCCUGGAACUUUCAGCUCUUAAUUUGUCGCAAGUCCUGGGACCUGUGGACUACGAUGGCAGCAGCAUCUUGGAUUCGAUCCCGGAGAGGGAAUGGCGUCUACUGGCUGCACUGGCGAAGAAGCGAGAAGAAAACGACGAAAGAGAACGUCUUGCCGACCAGUUCAGGAAGAUGUGGCAGAAAGAAAAGGAAGAAAGAGAAAUGGUAGAAGCGGAAACAUCUGAACAAUACAAACGUUACAUUCACGCAAAAAGACAGCACGAGCGCUCUCGGCUGGACUACUCGAGGUUCCAGAGGGGCUUGGAGCAACAGCUGAAGAGAGGACAGCUUGUAAGCUGCAUCAAAUUUAAGGAACGUCGUAGCGCCGACCUGCUGGCCUGGCAUGAUGAUAAGAAGGCUACGGAGACAGUGGGCAAAGCGUUGGAAGAAGAAGCGAGGGCUAUUUUAGCUGCCGAUAGACGGUCGCGGCAUGUGGAAGCCGAACAGUGGAAGAAACAAGUUGAGCUUUUGGACGUGAAGAGACGUGUCCAUGAUGCCAGCAAACGGAGGGAGGAGAUGUUGAGAGACGCAUCACAGCGUCUGGCGAUUACGAACGCUCUUAGCAUGUGGGAAUCUUCGCUGCUGCGUCAGGAAAUAUCUGCAAUGGAGACGGCCCGCAGGGCGGAGCAUGCUGCGAGAGCGGCCCUUACUGAUGCGAGGAGCUCCCGACUGGCGAAGGACAGGGAGAGGACACUCCGGAGAGCAAGGAAGAUGGCAGCCCUCACUGCCAGGAUGAGGGAAGCCAUUAUAACGGGGAGGUCUUGAGAAUUAAGCAGUCUCUUUCUUUAAAUUCAUUUUAUUGUGUUUUUAAGUGGAAAUUUAACUAAUUUUUUUGUAACAAUAAACGAUUUGUAUUCAUUUAACAAA